AUGGGCAGCAGAUUCCUGGCGCGUGCAGGUAUGGCAGCAUUGAGCAAUCGCCGGCUGCCGGGGAGUUGCUCACACCAAGCGACGAGGCACGAUGUAGGUAGCUCUGGACCAGAACAAUUCUGCUGAUUUUUAAGCCCGCCACUGAAAAGCAAGGGGGUAUUCAUUUUGCGGCUGUCCGCUACAGAGAGGGCAAAAAGUGUAUGAUAUAGCAAUUCAUGCUGCUCACAAGCGCUGCUCUUUGCUGCAACUCUUGGGAAAAAUCAACCCCUCCCCCUGAAAGGGUCGGUGGGUCCUUUGGUGGCACGGCGUUAUAAUGAGUGAAGGAAGGGUGCCUAGCCUGGCUAGUUGCUCUCCCUUCUUCUCUCCUCCUUCUAUAGCUACCCGAACUGGUGUGCACCUUUAGCUUUCUCUCUCAUACAGUUCCUUUACUGGCGACAUGCCGCGAAUUUCAUGCUAUGUAGGCGCGCAAAAGAGCUUGAUGCAGGUGGCCAGGGAAUCCAGGUUUGCGACGGCACUACCGGCGAUCGUCCUGGCACUGCUGGUGGCUAACACACCGGCUCCUGAGGGGCUUUCCGGUACAAGCAUGCGGUUACUUGGUGUCUUCACAGGGGUGGUCAUGGGCCUACUAACUGCUGACUACGACACGUCGGUCAUACUGGGCGUGGCGCUUUUGGCACUGACACUGACAAAGAGCUUCAUGUGCCGGACAGCCGAUGGACAGCUCGUUGAAUGUGACAAAUGCCAAACGCAGUUUGUCGACAGGCACGGGCAUUCGCAAGAGUACCAGUGUGAUGGAAUCGGCGGCAGCUUCGAGGUGGCAAUUUCAGGGUUCUCGAACAAAAUCGCAUGGCUCGUAUUCAGUGCCUUCCACAUUGGCAAGGCUGUCGAAAAGACCAAUCUGGGCCGCCGCAUAUCGCUAGCUCUGGUGACGACCAUGGGCAAGUCAACAGCUGGUAUCGCCUAUGCUAUCUGCGUGGCGGAACUUGCACUGGCACCAUUCAUUCCAUCGAAUACUGCGCGUGGUGGCGGUAUCAUUUAUCCAAUUGUCGAGUCAGUGAUUGCAUCGUUGGGAGUUGAUCGGACGAUGGGCGAGAACCCGGUUGGUGCGUAUCUGAGUAUGGUUGCGUCGAAUGCCAAUCUAAUAUCGUCGUCACUGUUUGUGACAGGCAUGGCAGGAAACCCGAUUGUGGCGAGCAAGGCAGCCAGCAUCUUCGGAAUAGAGUUUGGAUUCGCCGAGUGGUUCCUGGGGGCCAGCGUGCCAAUGCUCUUCUUGCUGUUCAUUAUGCCGCAUGUGCUGCACCUGCUUCUGCGCCCCAAGCUAGACGUUGCCGGACUGGCACGCGAAAUCAGGCGGCAGCACCUGGUGAUGGGAUCAGUGUCGUUCAACGAACUGAAGCUGUGUGCUACAUUGCUGCUGUGCCUGGCCCUAUGGGUCGGCACGUCAUACUUUGGUAUCGAUGCGACCGUGGUGGCGUACAUGGCUAUCAUGAUUCUAAUCCUGCUUGACGUGCUUAGCUGGUCGGACGUGGCCAAGAAUAGCACUGCCUGGGAUACGUUUUUCUGGCUGGCGUCCUUCAUUGUUCUGGCCGAGCAGCUAUCGGCCCUGGGUGUCACGGACUGGAUCGGCAACUCGCUAUCGGGCUCCCUCCACGAUGCGUCACCGCUCACCAGCACAGUGACACUGUCGCUGGUUUACUUCUUUUCCAUGUACAUGUUCUCGUCCAUUUCCAGCCACGUUGUUGCAUUUGUCGGCCCAUUCUUUGCUGCUGGUCACGUCCUCAACUGCUCCCCUCAUCUGCUGGCUAUCAUCAUUGCCGUGUUCAGCUCCACCGCCGGUAUCCUUACGCCAUUUUCAACGGGAUCGGUCGCCAUCUACGCAUCGCAGGGCUUCAUUUCCCAGCCAAAGUGGUUUCUCCUUGGCCUCAUCAUGUCGCUAGUCGUUCUGGGCACCACCUUCUCUGUGGGGCUAGUGUGGUGGAAGCUGCUUGGCUGGUACUGAGCAAUAUUCCUUAUAUCUUUAGUUAAUUUAUAGACUGAAAGGCUUCGCGUAACAUGCUGCAUGUCGUGCAGUCAGCAAAUGGAUUCAAUACAG